AUGGCGGGAACACCAACAACCCCUAUCGAUUUAUCAGGCCGCGUGCUCUCGCUUCCGAAAUCGGUGGCGAAACUGGGCGCAGCAGCGUGGAACGACCAGGCCAGCUUGUCCCAAGUCAGACAAAUCUUGGACCGCGCCUGCACCGCCCGUACGGUGCAGGAGGCUCUGACGGAGGUCCGAGGGUUUGCAAGCCUCGGCCACAAUCUCUGGUCUUACGCGUACCUUCGCAUGCUGCACCACAAGGAUCCCAACUUGUUCUACCAGACUCUGCUUGCCGAGCCAGCCUUCCUCAUGCCCAUGGUCUACACCCCCACAGUGGGCGAGGCCUGCCAAAAAUUCGGGACCCUGCCGUUCUUGCCUCGCGGCUGCUAUGUGUCCCUAUCUGACCGCGGAAAUGUCAAAGCAGUCCUUCGAGAGUAUGCGGAGGCACAUUUGCCCAAAGACUCCAGCGGCAAGCCGCAGUGCCAGUGCAUUGUCUUCUCGGACGGCGGUCGCAUUCUUGGCCUCGGUGAUUUGGGCGCAUGGGGGAUGGGAAUCCCAAUCGGCAAAUUGGAUCUAUACACCGUGUGCGGCGGUUUUGAUCCAUUCAGAGUGAUCCCUGUCAUUAUCGAUGCUGGCUGCAGUGAUGCAAACGGAAACUCCGCAAAGCUCACAAUCCGAGACCACGCCCUCUACACCGGGCUGAAACAAGACCGUGUAAAGCAUGUCUCAGCCCAGGGUACAGAGGUGAACACUGCUUACUACGGCCCCGACUCCUUCAUCGGGGAGUUUAUGACAGCUGCAUCCGAGCUCUUCGGGCGAAGCUGUCUCUUGCAGUUCGAGGACUUCAAUUCGAAUGAUGCCUUUCCUCUGCUCGCAGAGUACCGCUCCAAGUUCUUGACAUACAACGAUGACAUUCAGGGUACCGCUUCUGUGGCGAUAGCUGCAGUCUUGGGAGGCAUCAAGCUGAACCGGCCCCACUGCAGUGAUCUUUUGACCGACCUGAAAGGUCUGCGGUUAUUAUUCCAUGGCGCUGGUUCAGCCAAUCUCGGCAGCGCCAGCUUGAUGCUGAAGGAAGCCGGUGUGCCAGCGUCCUCGAUCCUGGUCACGAACUCCAAGGGUGUCAUUUGGAAAUCUGCGGAUGGCAAGAAGGGCACUUUCAAGAAUGACGAGCAGAAAUCAGUUGCAAGCGUUGGUGAGCCGAAGGGCUACGACGCGACCAACCUGGUUUCCAUCAUCAAGCAUCACAAACCAGACGUUCUUGUGGGUGCCGUCGGCCGCGCACCGGGAUGCUUUACAGAGGAAGUGAUCAAAGAGAUGGUGGCAGUGCAAGCAGCGAAGGGCGGAGCAUUCCGACCAAUCAUCUUCUCGCUUUCCAACCCAAGUACACAGGCCGAAGUGACGGCCGAAGACUGCUACAGAUUCUCGGGUGGCAGGGCAAUCUUUGGUUCAGGGACCAAGUUCGAGCCCGUGAAUGUGCAGGGCAAGAUCCGCGCGCCAGGCCAGGUCAACAACUUCUUUAUUUUCCCUGGUAUGUCCUUCGGCGCCAUGUGCUGUGAAGCGAGCCACAUCCCGGACCGGCUCUUCAUGGAGGCUGCCGAGGCCGUGGCCAACUCUCUGGACAAGGCAGACAUGGAGCUGGACUCCGUCCUGCCCAGCACCGGUCGGAUCCGUGAAGUGGGCCACAAUGUUGCCUUGAAAGUGGUCUUGGCAGCACAGGAGGCUGGACUUGCCCAGAAGAAGCUGGGAGACACAGCGGAGGCGCAACACAAAAAGACUUGCAACAACGCAUGUCCUGCAUCAUGA